UUAUCGCGGCAUAAAGAUCUCAAUAAUAGUCUGAGAAAAUGAACAAAAGAGUAUUAACAUUUCUCUGCUUAGUACUAAAUAUAUUUUUUUCAAUACUUAUUGUAUUGUUAAAUAAAAUGGUGUACGUGAGGAUUGGAUUUCCAAAUGUCACCCUGUCCAUGAUACACUUUGCAAUAACAUUUCUUGGGCUAAUCAUUUGUGAAAAAUUGGAUGUAUUUUGUAUAAAAGAUGUUGCCAUUAAAGAAAUGGUACCUAUCGCCCUAACUUUCUGUGGGUUUGUUGUCCUUACUAAUCUGAGUCUGGAACACAACACGAUCGGCACUUAUCAAGUUACUAAAAUGCUUACAACCCCCUGCGUCGUUGUUAUGCAGGCAAUAUGUUAUAAAAAGAAAUUCAGUUUGCUUGUUAAACUAACAUUAAUACCGAUCAUAGCUGGAGUUGUCAUCAACUUUUAUUACGACAUUAGGUUUAAUAUUCUUGGGACUAUUUACGCUACUCUAGGUGUUAUUGUUACAUCUCUGUAUCAAGUUUGGGUCAGCAGAAAGCAAAAGGAAUUCCAAAUGGAUCCUAUGCAGCUCCUUUAUUAUCAAGCACCGUUAUCUGCAGCAAUGCUGUUUGUGAUCGUACCAUUUCUGGAACCCAUUGGUAACACCCUCCAGCAUAGCUGGACAUUUACAGAUAUUCUGAUGGUGCUGCUAUCGAGCGUCGUAGCAUUUUUUGUGAACUUAACAUCGUACUGGAUAAUAGGAUACACAUCACCAUUAACUUAUAAUAUGGUUGGACAUUCGAAAUUUUGCCUUCUUUUACUUGGUGGCGCUAUUAUAUUCCACGAAUCACUUGCACUGAAUCAGGCUAUCGGAAUUACUCUGACGUUGAUUGGAAUUGUAUUAUAUGCUCGAGUCAAGGCAAAUGAAAGACGGCAUAUCGAAUAUUUCACGUUUGACAUUGGAAGAAGGCAAGCCACUUUAUAAGACGUAGCACUUGAACAGAAAAAUAAUAAAAAGAAAAUUGUGAUACAA